ACUCUUGAAUUUUGCAUCGAAAGAGACGCUAUGUUCUAUAUCUCACUUCCCGAUCUGUUUCGAUCCGCCAUUUUUUUACGUAGGAAAGCGUGUGGUUUGGCAUUGUGUUUUGUCGAAUUGCUUUACGGAAAUACUGACUUGGGGUCACUACAUACUUCGAUUCUCGCGCACCAGCGGACGCAGCAAGUGAGACGCCAUUGUUAGAUUGCGUUCUCUUGUGUAAAGUCGUGUGUCUAAUAUCAACGUUGGUUAAAUUAUUCGUUGAAAAUAGCACACAAUAAUCUUCGAUUUGGUGCGCCAUUUCAACAAGGUUCUAAGACGAGCCGAAAAUGCCGGGUUUUAGUAGUGUUGGCACAUUCAAAAUUUUCAUCGGUAAUUUAGCCGAUAAAACAACAAAUGCUGAUAUUAAACCAUUAUUCGAAAAAUAUGGAAAGGUUGUAGAAUGUGAUGUGGUGAAAAAUUACGGAUUUGUGCAUAUGGAAAACGAAGAAGCAGGAAGAAAUGCAAUACAAAAUUUGAAUGGACAUAUAGUUCAUGGUCAGGAGAUUAAAUGUGAAGCUGCAAAGAGUCGUAAAGGACCUAACACACCUACAACAAAAAUAUUUGUUGGCAAUCUCACAGAUAAUACAAAAGCGCCUCAAGUGCGCGAACUAUUUGCCAAGUACGGUACUGUUGUAGAAUGCGAUAUCGUGAGAAAUUAUGGAUUCGUCCAUCUAGAAGCAACAGGUGAUGUCAACGAUGCCAUCAAGGAACUCAAUGGAAGAAUGGUGGAUGGUCAAGCGAUGAAGGUUCAAAUUUCUACAAGCAGAGUACGACAAAGGCCAGGAAUGGGAGAUCCUGAACAGUGCUAUCGAUGCGGUCGCGGCGGCCAUUGGUCCAAGGAGUGCCCGAAAGGAGGAAUGGGAGGAGGACCAGAUAGAAACGGAUACAGAGACCGAAUGUUUGGACGCGAUCCGUAUCCUCCACCGCCGCCACCACCGUUCCUUCGGGAUCGGUUAAUGGGUGGUGGCCGCUUUGGAGAUUACGAAAGCUACUAUGACAGGAGAGGCUUCGAGGACACCAGGGAUCUCUACGAGAGGCGGUUUACGGGUAUGACAGGGCCCUGUGACAUGGGAAGUUCCAUGUGCGGGCUUGACUUUCCACCAAUGACAAUGCCACCUCUACCCCCAAGACGAGACCCAAUGCCUCCUAUGCCUCCUCUAGGUAUGGGAUCCAUGCGCGACACUGGCUUCUCCCGUGGUAACGAGUAUGGCAUGUUCAGCCGCCGAUCGCCCCCUCCAAGUGGCAACAAUGGCCGGUUCAGUAGAGGCAUGUACGAGGACUUCAGCCGAGAUUCAUUUGAAGAGCGUAGACCGGGAUUACGAGGGCCAUCGCCGUCGCGCCGGUUCGCACCAUACUAAAUCGUCGCGUCGGGCUCGGAUCGGUCUCUGUCGGUCUGUCUGUCUCUCUGUGUGUCGGGUCUGUCUGUCGCUAGCAGGAAGCCUCGGGACCGAGAUACUCUUGGCCGUCUAUGUCUGUCGAUCUGCACGCGCGAAGAUCCACCAUUCGCCCGUUCUAUCGGGAAAACAUGUAUUCUCCCCGUAAUGCGCUAUUUAGACGAGAAUCCUUCGCCCAUCCUCCUAAAAAGAAUAUGAAAGAAGAAAAAAAAGAAACGGACAGAUUAAAUAGCAAACAAAAUGAAAAAUAUUUUAUCGAAUUGCAGGUUUCUUUUAUAAUUCUGUCACCUUUCCCUCUUUUAUUUUUUUUAUUUUUAUUUUUAUUUUUAUUUUUAUUUUCCUAUUCCUUUCUUUCCUUUUUUUCCUUCUUUCCUAUUUCCUUAUACAUACAACACACACACACGCACACACACACACACACACACACACACGCAUACGCACACACACAAAAUUCCUUUUGUACCUUCUGUUCCUUUAUUCAAUUAAUUUUAUAUAUUACAUAUUCAGCAUUUCCAUUCCGGUCCAAGUUACUUACAAUUAAUCAAAUAUUAUAUCUGAUAUAAUUUGACACGUAUGUCCAUUUGAGAAAUUGUCAAAUUUUCAUCUUUUAAUGUAAAAAAAACUUUGUUGUAGCAUCGUCCUGCCAAAAAUUUUCAAUUUGUAUUUUCAAUUCGUAUUUACAAUAUUAAAUUAUUAGUAUUAAAAUAUUAGUAUUACUUUAUCAUGGUUAAUUCUUCGAAUUUAAGAUCUUAAAGUAUGUAGGUAGGACGAGGCUUAUAACGCUAUACAUACAUAAAUGCAUACGUGUUAUAUAUAUAUAUAUACGUAUGUAUGUAUGUGUGUGUGUAUGUAUAUGUGUAUAUAUAUAUAUAUAUAUAUAUACAUACACACAAUACAUACAUACAUAUGUAAUAUAUACAUAUAUACGUGUGUAUGUAUAUAUGUAUGUAUGCAUAUGUAUGUCGCGUCGUGUUCGAUGACCGUUUCUGUGACGAUGACGCGCACGUGAGCAGCGCGGAUUUUUUUUUUCGAUCGUAAAUAAAACUUCCGUGCAUGUUCAGCAGACACUUACCGUCACUGCGUUGAAUAAAAUUAAAGUAAAAGUAUGGAAUGAAAGAUCUGAGCAAGUAUGGACAAUAUCGGAUUCUCUCUCUCUCUCUCUCUCUCUCUCUCUCUCUCUCUCUCUCUCUCUCUCUCUCUUUCUCGCUCGCUCGCUCGCUCGCUCUCGCUCUGAACAUAAUUAAUCGUGCGUUUUGCAACGUGUCGCAAUCACAAAAUCGGAGCAUCGUCCGAACGUUCAUUUGCAAAUGUCUUUUAUUCUUUUUUCCUUUUCUUUUUCCUAUUUUCUCAUAUCAUUUAUAUAUAAUAUAAGAAACAAUAAAAGUUUGUUGCGUUUAAUUUACAUUAUGUGCGAUGUUUUUGUCGCCUCGGAUAAUUCUCAAUUUAUUAUUCAGGCAAAAACGGAAUUUCGUGUAAAAUGCGUUGCAACUAGCGGAACGGUUGUUCGAUAUAAUGCGAUGAUAACGGUUGCCGUUUAAGGUAUUAAGGAACGUCGAAGAUAAUUAAACAAAAUGUGCGUGCGUGUGUCACCAAUACGUGUAAUAUCUUUCCUAAUCAUAAUGCUUUUUCGAUACAAAAUAAUAGAUAUAUCGUAUUUAUGUAACUUUUCUUUCAAGAAACGAGAAAAGUGCGUGCGGGUUCGACUAUUCGAAUCGUUUCCAGAUUAUCAUACAAGUCUUAAAGAUACGAUUUCAGAGACCCAAUAGACUCGUAGGAUGCGUCGAUUCUGUAUGGGAAUCCAAAUUUCGGUCGUGCGAACAUUAUUAUCAUUAAUCUGUAGUGACAUAAUAUCGUUUUAUUAACAUAUUUAGAAUUAAUACGUGAAUAAUUACCGAAGAUUGAUACGGCAAUCGCAACAGCGUUCUGUUUAGCUUAUAAAUACGUAUGUAUAUACAUACGUACACAUACAUACACACACACACACACACACACACACACAAUACAUCAUACAUACAUACAUAUAUAUCCGCGCAUGCGUAUAUAUACAUUUCAUAUAUAUAUAUAAUAUAUAUAUUAUAUAUAUAUAUAAUAUGUAUGUAUGUAUGUAUGUAUAUGUGUAUAUAUAUAUAUACAUAUAUAUAUAUACAUAUAUACAUAUAUAUGUACCUAUGACCACCGUUUUUUCGUUUCGAGUAGCGUAUACACGUAACGACGUGUACAAUAUUUCUCUCCCAUCGUUUUCCCCUAUUCCUUUUUUCUUUGAUGAUACGACCUGUUUUCAAUGGUAAUUAGGUUAAUGAUAAUAUCAUACUAAUAAUGGUUUAAAAAAAGGAAUGUAAUAACAAUGUAUUUGUGAAGAUUCACAAAAAAGACGUUUCGUGUUCUUUAAUCAUUA